AUGACCCUCCUCGCAUGGGAGUCUAUAUCGACCUGCUUGUUUGAAAUUGCCUCGCAGGGUGAUUCCGUGGAAGUACAAUUUGAAGGGGAAAAUGGCCCCGACAGUCUUCUCACUAUGAAUCUGAAGCCCGACCUCAUUCCUAACCAGGGCUUCACUGCUUUUAAUAUGAAACUCAAUCACGAUAACUUCAAGAACCUGAAAAAGGGCGGGAUUCGUGAAAGCUACCGUGAAGAGCACCAACAUUCAAGUCAUACUUUGCAACGAAUCCACCGACGCCACCAUCCAUGGCAAAACAGUUAA